AUGGUUGGAGUUCUAAAUAGCAUCUUUAUAAUUGUUUCACCUGUGGAAUCCAUGAUAGGCAUUGCAGGAAAUGUCUUCAUAGCCCUGGUGAAUUUAAUGGACUGGAUGAAGAGAAGAAAGGGUUGUUUUGUUGACCAAAUCCUCACUUUUUUGGCAAUCUCCAGAGUUGCUCUACUCUGCUCAGCACUGACACACAUGUUUUAUGCAACACAUCCAGGUUCUCUGAAGACUGCAAAUAUAUUAAGAAUGAUUAUUAUCAGCUUGAUUGUGACCAAUCAUUUUAACAUUUGGCUUGCUAUGUGCCUCAGCCUCUUUUAUUUUCUCAAGAUAGCCAAUUUUUCUAACUUUAUUUUUCUUUACCUAAAGAGGAGAGUUAAAAAAGUGGUUUUACUGAUAUUGCUGAUGUCACUGGUUCUCUUAUUGUUCAAUAUCAUUGUCAUAGACAUACAGAUUAAUUUCUGGAUUGAUCGAUUUAGAAGAAAUGUAUCUUACACUUCCAGUAUGAAGAACUUUAAAAAGGUUCCCACACUUCUUUUAUUCAUCAGCUCUAUAAGGGCAAAUAAUUUUUUUGAACAUGCUAUUGGAAUUGCUUUUCCCUCAGGAUACUCACUUGCUUUGAUUUCAGGAAACAGUAAGCUGACACAAGCCUUUCUUUCAGUGCUGUGGAGGCUGAGGUGCAGGCCCAAAGGUCAGGAUGCUUAG